AUGGAGUUGCAGUUCUUGGAUCACACUGGAAUUCCAAUAGAGGAAAUCCUGUACGUAGGAUUGAGAUUUGAUUCGUUGCAACAGGCACAAGAGUUCUAUUGUAAUUAUGCAAAGAAAGUUGGGUUUGUGACUAGGAUUAGGAAUACCAACUUUGACAAGACUAGGAAAGAAUUAAAGGUACCUAUUAACCAAUCGAUACACUACAGUCGUGAAGGUUAUUGGGAGUAUCGAGUGAAGGAAGCAACGCGGGUAAAGAGAAUAACAACAGCUGGGUGCAAAGCAAGGAUGUACGUGAUGCUUGAUAGGCAUAAUGAUAAUUGGAUUGUGUCCAAAUUAGAAUUAAAGCACACCCACACAUGUUCUGCAAAACAAGCUGUGCAUUACAGUGAGUACAAGGAAUUGACCAUGCAUGCCAAGUGUGUGAUUCAGAACAACGAUGAGGUUGGCAUACGGCCCAACAAGACUUAUCUCGCACUGGCGAACGAGGUUGGUGGGUCAUCAAAAUUGGGUUACUCAGAAAAGGAUGUGAGGAACUACAUAACGAGGAAUCUACGCUGUGCUGACAUAAACGAAGAUGUGAAGGAAAUGAUUAGCUAUUUCAUGCAAAUGAGAGAUAUAAACCUGAAUUUCUUUUAUGCUGUUGAUGUGGACAAAACUAACAAGUUUAAGAGUGCGUUGCAUGGACUUCCUUUUGCAUCUUUCAUUGGUGUUAACCAUCAUGGCAAGUCCACUCUACUCGGAUGUGCUUUGUUGGAAAAUGAGGAAAUUCGUAGCUUUGAGUGGGUCGUUAAACACUGGUUGAAGUGCAUGGGAACUCUUCCACAGGCCAUCAUCACAGACUAG